UUUUUGACAUAACAAAUUUGUUUUAUUGCUUUUGUUGAAAUUUGCGCUCAGUUUCGGCGGCUUCUUUGUAAAAUAAAGAUUUUUAGUUGGUAAAUAAAUUUUUGGUUGGGAUAGAUUUAAUUAAAGAUCCGUAAAUACAUUUAUAAAUAACGUAUUUUACAAAAUUAAGUUUGUAAAAAAUCUUUCCAAUUGCUGCAAUAUGUCUGAAACUCAAAAUUUAGAAGUUGCUCCCGAAGAGGACUCUGUCACCAUGAUGGAUAUCUUGCAGGAACAGCAGAAUCUUGAAGAAGCGUGUGCCGCAGUUUUAGGAGCAUCUGAUGCUAAGCGUUGUACCUAUGAAAACGGUCCUGUAAAAAGACAGGCAUUGUAUUCGUGCCUUACAUGCAAUCCUGUUGUGGGUGACAAUUAUGAAAACGCUGCUGCCGUAUGUUUGGCAUGUUCCAUUAGUUGUCAUGAAAAUCAUCAAUUGGUAGAACUAUAUACCAAGCGUUUUUAUCAGUGUGAUUGCCCAACUGAACGGUUAGGUAGCAACCGUUGUGUUCUUAAUCCUUCAUUGAAACUGCCAAUGCCCAAUACGAAGAAUAAGUAUAAUCAAAAUUUUGCUGGUUUAUAUUGUAAUUGCAAGCGCCCGUAUCCAGAUCCGGAGAAUGAAAAUGAGAGAUCUAUGAUUCAGUGUGCGUUAUGUGAAGAUUGGUAUCAUUUAAAUCACAUUGAUUAUUCAACUGAGUCUGAAAAGGUGUGUGACUUAAAUGCUGAAAUGGUUUGCAAUAACUGUAUGAAGAAAUACAGUUUUCUGCAGGAUUAUAUUGGUUUAUCGUUGCAAUUUGUGGAAAACGCAAAUAAGACUAUUGAUUUAAACACUACAGUAGAAGUCGGUGAAACUACAAUAGGUUCUGAUUUAGAUGAAAGUAUUAUAAAAGCUUCGGAAGGCUUUGAUAAAGCAGUUGAAGAUGUGAAAGAAAUGGCUACUUCCAAAAUGAAUGGUGAAAAUGCCGACAAAAAACUAAUUGAAAAGAGUAUUCAUGUUUCAGACAUGGUUGAAAUUAAUAGUGAUGAAAUCGCGACUUCAAGUAAAAUUGAUAAACUUGACGAAGGGCAUUUAAAAAGGAGUUUUGUUAAUUGUGAUCCAAAAAAGCCUACUUAUGUACAGGAUAAUAUUUCAUCUGACGGAGCUUUGGAACCCAUUACCAAAAAAAGGAAGUUAGCAGAAGAAGCAGGAACUGUGGGUGAUAAAAUCGAUGGCGGUGAACAGUGUACUCGUCCAAAACAGUCUGACUAUGUACAAGGUGCAUUAUUCUUUGAAGGUGCUACAUUGCGCGAAAUGAUUUGUAGAUGUGCCAAGUGCUUGGAAUUAUACAAAUCAUUGAAUGUUGAAUUUAUAACUGACAAAACUGAUACCACUGAUUCGUAUGAGGAGCAGGGUAAACAACGUGCGCCAGAGUCAUCCACUUAUGAACAAGGAAUUAAAGCAUUGGGAACAAUGGGUCAUGUACAACAAAUUGAGGUUAUAAGUGAAUACAACGGAAUGAUGGCUAAGCUAAAGGAAUACUUACAGGAAUUUGCCGUUUCAAAUCGUGUCGUCACCAAAAGUGAUGUCAAUGAAUUUUUUGAAAAUAUGCGUAAGAAGAAGAGCGAGAACGGUGCUCCAUCAUAUUUUUGUCGUUAAAUGCAAAAUUACUCUGAUUUAAAUUUAUGUAGGUUUUACAUUUUUAUUUAAUAAUCAAUAAAAAAUUAAGUUUAAGUAUAAGCAAUAA